AUGGGCCGCUUAUCCGUCUCGCUCGCCCCAUGGCGCGCCACCCUCGUAUCACACCUUGAAGCCAUGGAUUCUCCUACCUUUGUUCUCAGCUCUCUUCAUCGCCAACACGGCUCGGCCACCACACCCUCAGCGCAAAGGACCCCAGAUGCAGCAACCUUUUCGCCCAGAGCCCGCACCGUUGUCUACCGCGGCAUGUGGGCGGGCCUCAGCUUGAAUUCGCGCAAUCCUGCGCCACGAAACCCUAAUGUCUAUCAGACAGAUCUACUUACCAUCACUACGGAUGUCCGCAUGGACAAGGUGUCGGAAAUGUUUCACGAGACUUUCACCAUAUCCACCAACGCACCCCAAACUUUGCAAUCGUCCCCAGGAGGAUUUGUCGAGGCCGUCAUCUGGGCAGCGCAUGCACAAACUCAAUGGCGCAUCCGUGGCCGCGUGUACAUGAUUGGGCCCGAUAUUGACUCGGACGCUGCACAGCCUGUACGACAAGCUUUGAGCGCGCAUAUGCGUCGGCAACAUGCCGGGAAUACAGAGAUGGAUGCUAAAGCAGAUGGCUGGCAAUGGGCCAAGGAGCUCACAGCGCACUUUGGAAACAUCAGUCCCGUUAUGCGAGGAAGCUUCCGCAACCCACCGCCUGGCACCCCUAUAUCACAGGCACCAGGCCCUGGGCUCGGCCUUGGCCAGAAGGUGGACGACUUGCACGACGAAAUUGCGCGCAAAAAUUUUAGGGUACUUGCCAUCGCCCCAGAGCAAGUAGAUCAAGUCGACCUAUCUGACCCAGAACGUGGCAGACGGUGGAGGCAUGACCUGAUACUCAGUGGCGACGAGGGGACUUGGAAGACGACGGAGCUUUGGCCGUAG